AUGAGUAGCAAGAAAUGUACAGCAGCUGCAACACAAGCUUCAUCAACAGCAUUUGAGUUUGGUGACCAAAUGGUACUUUACCGUGCGCUUUUGUUGCAGUUCCAGACAGCACAUAAUUUUGCAUAUUCAAAUAUCGGUCCGUAUACGGCCUUAUUGCAACAGCAAUUUUUACAGGCAGCGAGUAGCACCGCCUCGUCAACCUCACCAUCGGCAUUACUGGCCAACUAUUGGGCCUGUCAUUUGAGCAAUAGUAAUUGCACCGUAGAAGGAACGGUUUCUACAGACGCGUCUAAUAAGAACGGUAUUGAAAAUGGUACCAAGGAUGACACACUGUUGAAAGGAUCAUGUGUUAACAGUGAAAAAACUAAUCAGGAUGAUGUUGCACACCAUGAUGAUCUGGAAAGGUCGCUUUCUUCUGGUGAAAGUGCUGAACAUCAGGAAGUGCAAAGUGGAUCUGAUUUACCAAGUUCCUGUAUUGUUGGUAGUGGUGCUACUUGGAAGCCCUUACGCUCCCGUUCAUUUCUUACCGAUGCUCAAGUUGCUAUACUUCAUGCUCACUUCAAACGUAACCCAUUUCCAUCAAAGUAUGAACUUUCUGCUGUUGCUGAACAAAUUGGGGUCAAUAAAAGAGUAGUACAGGUAUGGUUUCAAAAUACUCGAGCUAAGGAACGACGAAGUAAUCGGUUAAGUGUAGCUUGUGAACGAUACUCACGUUCCAUGUGGAAUAAUGCGAUAUCAUUUCAAAGUGCUGCUACGGCAGUAGCAAAUGCUAAUGAUCCUUUAAGUUUGAUGACUGCUUGGGCACAUCAAUGUACCGAUCUUGUGAACAACAGCCUAUCAGGUGAGCAAGCAGCGAAAACUGACUUAUCAUCAUCAAAUGAACCGCUUGAUUUAUCAAUUAAGGAUGAAACAACUAUAGUAACAGCAGUUCCAACUAAGCAAACAUCUGUUUUUGGAGUCGAAGGAGAUGGAGGAAGACAAGACUUUAAUCAGGAUGAUUGCUGGUCUGCUAGCAGUCUCAUUGGAUUUAUUCCAAAAGGAAGCGAAACGAUAAGUGGAACUCUAAUGCAAGCUACGAAGGGUCGUUCGGAGACUCCACCAACAGUACUUUCUUCGGCAUCCAGAUCUCAUUCGGAAGGUGAAUCGAAUUCAGAAGUUGGCUUAUUGGACGAUAAUUCGGCUGCUGCACUGUCGUCGAGUAUUUGGCCCAGCAGUGUAUUCAUGUCACAGUACUCAAUGCUGGGUAUCAACGGUUUAGCAAAUCUUCAAAAAGUUCUGGAGCAAAGUGAUGACAAUGAUGACAACGCGUCAGACAUUUCACUAGGUGACAAGCGCCAUCGUUUAAACUGGAAAUCACAUAGAACUGAUGAAGAAGGCCUCUAUGCAUGCGAUCAGUGCGAUAAAAUGUUCGGAAAGCAGAGUUCGUUAGCAAGGCACAAAUAUGAACAUUCUGGGCAACGUCCUUACAAAUGUGACGUAUGCGAGAAGGCAUUCAAACACAAACACCAUCUUACGGAACACAAAAGAUUGCAUUCGGGUGAAAAACCUUUCCAGUGUGACAAAUGUCUGAAGCGGUUUAGUCAUUCGGGCAGCUAUUCGCAACAUAUGAAUCACCGUUAUUCAUAUUGCAAGCCUUAUAGAGACUAA